UGGUUCUAAACCGAGGUCCCAGUCUCUGUAGCAGACAGCAGUCAACAAUGGAGUUAGGAGAAGACGAAGAGGACCAUUUUAGGUUUAUCAACGAAAAAGGCGUGGAUGAUAUCAGUUUGGAAGUGUUUUAUAAGCCACAUACGAUCACUUUAUUGACUGUUUCUAUUGCUGGACUCCUAUACAGCGCCUUUACGAGUGAAGAACCAAAUGGGGAUGACCAGGUGCAGGAGUCGAACCUGUGGAGUGGUUUCUGCUGCGUCGUAUUCUUCUUUCUCGUCAUCUCGGUACUUGCGUUUCCCAACGGCCCAUUCACCCGACCCCAUCCAGCGAUAUGGAGGAUGGUGUUUGGUCUGAGUGUGUUAUACUUCAUGGUUCUGCUGUUUGUGCUGUUCCAAAACCGCCGUGACGUGCGCACCAUGCUGGAGUGGAUCUACCCGGACUUGGUCAAUAAUACACUCACUGAAAAGGAGUAUGCGGUGAACUGUUCAGAUAUCACAUUGAGCCGUAUCUGGAUCCACAUGGAUGUGUUCGCCUUCGCCCACUUCUUUGGCUGGGCAAUGAAGGCCCUGCUCAUACGACACUACGGCAUCCUCUGGACCAUCAGCAUCAUGUGGGAAAUCACAGAGAUCGUGUUUUCCCACCUGCUGCCCAACUUCAAGGAGUGUUGGUGGGACUCGUUGCUGCUGGAUGUGGUCGUCUGUAAUGGGCUCGGUAUCUGGAUUGGCAUGGCGCUGUGUCGCUCCCUGGAGAUGAGAAAUUACCACUGGGAAAGCAUCAAGGACAUCCACACAACGACGGGUAAGAUCCGGCGUGCGGUUCUCCAGUUUACUCCGGCAACCUGGACCCACGUACGCUGGCUCGACCCAAACUCUGGAUACAUGAGAUUCGUGGCUGUGACCAUGCUUAUUGUUAUAUGGCAGCUUGCGGAGUUGAACACGUUUUUCCUGAAGCACAUCUUGGAGAUCAAUGCCCAUCACCCACUCAACUGGCUCCGGCUUGGACUAAUAUGUUCUGUGUCCGCCCCCACCAUCAGGCAGUUUUACGUGUAUGUGACAGACACGAGGUGUAAGCGGGUCGGGACUCAAUGCUGGGUAUUCUGUGCAAUAACAUUGACUGAGGCUAUAAUCUGUGUGAAGUUUGGUCGUGAGUUGUUUCAACAGACAGAGAUGAUGUACGUGCUCUCCUGGCUUAUUAUUCAGAUGUUCAGCAGCUGCCUGUGUGUGUAUCUGUGUGUUGUCUACGCCAGGAAGUGCUGGAAGAUAUUUGAGGAUACAGCUGAGAAGUGUGAGUACGAGUCCUCGGAACCUUCAACCCCUGUGCACCAGGUGAGAAACGGAGUACAGAAGGCCGCCAGACAGACAGCAGCAGGGUCACCUAAGUCGUAUAAACUCCGCAAUCGCCAGAAGGUUGCAACCAACGGACAUCUCUGAGCAGUGUGUUCAAACACUGCCGAUUGUUAAACACACAUUUGAACAUAGUCAUUACCCUGAACUCAAUGUCGAUAAACUGUGAGAAAAUAUCAGCUUUCAUCCAGCUCAUCGGCUGACAUGGGCAAUGGUCAUUAUUUUGUGUGCAAAGUUUUGCAAUUAUAAGCGAGCCAGGAAAUCGAAAAAUGUAAAAAAUAUAGCACUUUACAAAGUUUGAAGGUUUUGCUUGGUAUAUAGUUGAAGACAUCUGCUCUAUAGUGUGGUUUAAGGAGUGUAAUAUCGUGCUGAAACUGUCAUGGUUGUUUGUUUUUUUUUAAAUGUGUGAGAGAGAUUUUAAUAGUAUGAUUUUAUUACCAAUAAAGCCUAGCUGUCAGUUCUUCCCAUAUGAAAUUAGAAUGUGGGAAAUACGAUGUUAAACAUACUGGUACAUUUUACAUAAUGCACACAUGUUGCUUCACAUCUUCAGUGCUAGAAAGGUUAGGUUAAUACCUAUCAGGUAAUACAAUUUGAAUUGAUAGUGCUAUUAAAAAUGUUGAGGUGUAAUUGGUAAAUAUAAUCAAAGGGAGGAGUUUUACUCAAGAUACUGGUCUAGUCAAAGGUCAGGGUAGGUUUGUAGUUACUUGUAACGUUACUUACUUUCCACUUACAUUCUUUUUAGCUUAUUUCAAGAAAAAAGUCAAGGUCUUUUGACCAUUGGUGUUGUUGCCACAGUUGUCUCGCAAAAACAUCUAACCUUUGCCGUAACCCUGUCUCAUAAUUAGCACGUCGCUGGUUGUCAUUCAAAUAUUCAAAUGAACAAUAAGGGCAUUAUAUUCAGUCAAUGAAUAACAGCACUUGUUUGCAUAAUCCAAUGGAUAAUAUUGACCCCCUCUGUCACCACGCCCUCAGACAAGUGACCGGGCUCCCAUUCACAUCAUGCUAAUUGUGACGUUUGUCCACUUGUCCAGCGGAAUAACCCCACUAGAUGAGCGUGGAUGUUGGCUCCGUGGCGCUCUUGUUUGUUGAGUCGGUAAGCUGACCUUGACCACGGGAUUACAUGCAUGUACCUGUUCUUGUCAAUUGUCUCAAUCACAGGGUUUACAACAUUAUUUGUCUUUUUUAAUAAAAUGGUCCAUUUGGUUGUGGUAAAUAAUGAACAAAUCAUCAUGAAAAUAUACCGGCGUUAUAAAUCAUUGGGACACUUUUUAUGGCCUACAAAGAUGGAGUUUCUAUGUAUAAGAUUUGUCUGAAUUUGUUUGAAUAUAAUCUCAUUAUCUGUGUAGUGUGAUUUUUUUCAUUUAGUUUUUUUUUUAUAAUUUAUAAUUAAAUGUUUUCUUAUACUUCACUUACAUAAUCAUUAUGUACAUGUCAGACAUAUUGCUGAUUCUUGUUCCUUAGUGUUUGAAUUAUAUUCCCCACCAGGGUGAGAGUGGGCUAGUGGUAUUGGUGUCAGCCUGGGUGAGAGUGGUAUAGGUGUUCGCCUGUCACCCUGGAACUUGUGGGUUCCAUUGCCACUAGGGUGAGAGUGGGCUAGUGGUGUAGGUGCCCGCCUAACACCCAACAGCUUGUGGGUUUUAUACCCACUAGGGUAAGAGUGGUCUAGUGGUAUAGGUGCCCGCCUCACACCCAAAAGCUCGGCAUUUGAUCCUCACCAGGGUUAGAGUGGUCUUGUAUGAUAGGUAUCCGCUUCCUACCCAACAGCUUGUAGGUUUGAUCCCCACUAGGGUGAGAGUGGUAUAGGUGCCCGCCUCACACCCAAAAGCUCGGCAUUUGAUCCUCACCAGGGUUAGAGUGGUCUUGUAUGAUAGGUAUCCGCCUCCUACCCAAGAGCUUGUAGGUUUGAUCCCCACUAGGGUGAGAGUGGUAUAGGUGCCCGUCUCACACCCAAAAGCUCGGCAUUUGAUCCUCACCAGGGUAAGAGUGGUCUUGUAGUAUAGGUAUCCGCCUCCUACCCAAGAGCUUGUAGGUUCGAUCCCUACUAGGGUGAGAGUGGUAUAGGUGUCCGCCUUACACCCACGAGCUUGUGCGUUUGAUGCCCACCAGGUUGAGAGUGGUCUAGUGGUAUAUGUGCUUGCUUCUCACCCAAGAGCUUGUGGGUUCUAUCACCAUAAAGCGUACUUUUAUCUAAGCCACUCAAAAUGUCCACAAGUACCGGUUUCUAACCAGGAAACAGACUCAAGCGUAAUUCUAUAAGAUAUCAUCUCUAUUGAGCUAAAAGGAAUAAGAAUAAACUAAAUAGUGACAGGAUUAGGACAUUUCAAGACUUCUCUCUGUUAAAAGUGUUCACGUUGUCUGCAUAGCUUUGAUGUUUUAUUGCAUGUUAUGUGUUGUGUGAUACAAUUUGUAAGUCAUAAUAACUUUAUUUAGUUCAUUUAGAUAUUGUUCCGUGUUCACAAAAGAAGGAUUAAAUGCUCAAUAAUUAAGCAACUCAUUUCACUGAAGAAACAUCUGCAUUUUUAGAAUUACAUAUAGAAUCAUGGAGAAUCAAAAUUAAUUAUUGAGUCCUUUUUCUUUACAAAUAAUAAUGAAUUAUUGCACAAUUAUUGUUUACAAGUAUCUAUAUUUUAGACAUAAUGAUGAAUUCUUACAUUAAUGUCUUGGUGACUCACUGUCUCAUACAGGUCAGAGGAUAUGUGAGCUAUCUGGGUUGGUUAGCCCAGGGUGUCAGACUUGCAAGCUGGGGUCAUAAGUUUGAUUCAGGGACAGGUCACUUACUUUUCUGAGCCUGUGAUGGAUAACAUGGAGCCAGAAUUCAUGUGUUGCUUUAGGAUUGACAACUGUAUAGUUUUGAUCAGUGUAGGCAUUUCUAAUUUUAAAAGCGAACUUUCUAGACUAAGUGUUUGUGGUCACAUUUUUACUCUUUUGAAUGGAUCAAGCUUUUGUUAUUCUUGUAAGAUAUUAUGUGAUUAAACAGUUUUGCCAAAUGCUUGUAUGUAUUUAUUGUACAUGAUUUUGAGGAUGAUUUUAGAGAGUUUGCGCAACAUCGCUUGUACUUGUUUGUGAAAUUGUAUGUGUACUUGUAUGCAUAUUUCUACUUGUAUGUUUACUUAUUCUUUAUUUGUAUGUGUAUUUUUUAUGUAUACUUGUAUGUGUUCCUACUCAUGGAUGUAAAUGUUCCAGUUAAAUUCAGUUUUUAUUCGAAAUUUUUAAUUUAUUUUGUACUUGUUGGCUCCUUAAACUUGCAUAAAUCACUUCCCUGGUGAUUGUGUAUAUGUGAGAGACCCUAAACAAGUAACUGAUGGAGCAAGCAAAUGAUUCUUUCAAAUGGUACUGACAUUGUAUGGGGUCUCAAGGCAUCAACAUUCAACUUUACGGUUUAUGGAGCUCUUAGAGAAGCUAACUUGCUGAUUUGUUGAGUGGGGGUCAAGUGUAUAAAACUGGAGAAGUUAUCCACAGAAUAUCUAUUAGUUAGUUUGCACUUUUUUUAAGAGAUAUAUUGUAUAUCUUAUCUUAACUUUGCUAUUUUAGGAUUAGUAAUAAGGUGUGCAGGAUUUGUACCCUUCACCAUUUUUAAGGCAACAUUGUGUGUGUGUAGUAUGAAAGUGUUCACUUCAUGUCGGAGAUUUCAUGUACAGUGCAGAUCUGAUCUGAUGUCCAUAUAUAGAGUCUUAGAUACAGGCAAUAUUCAUACAAUGUACAUGUUGGUGUUCAUACAACAGUCUGUGUUUUUGACAUGAUUGUUGCUUUAAUAAUAAUUGCAUCUUAAUUGAAUGGAUAUCAAUUAAGUAUUUUUAAUAUAAUUUACGGAUUUCACACGUCAAAUUAGGGGUUAUUCAGUAUAGAUGUAAUUUACUUAUGGUAAUCACUUGGGCAAUGUACUGCUAAAUUAUUUGCCAAAAUAGUUGACCAACAAUUAACUAGUUUCAAAAAAAAAUGUUUUUCCGAAAAUUUAGAAUUAAUUUCAGUGGAAAAGAUACUGUAACUCAUCAGCGUGUGAUAAUUAUUAAGAAUUGGUUUAAAAUAUACAGAAAUAAAUAUUUAUUAUUAUAGUUUCAUGAUUGUACAUGUAUAUAAAGCCAGUAUUAUGUUAUUGUGAUCUUCUAAAGCAUGAUCUUCCAUUGUUGUAACAAUCACUCUAGCGUGUCUAGCGUGUUAGGUAAAGGUUUUUGUCAUACUAGUGAUCAAUUUUUACAGCAACAAACAUGAUUCAUUAGAUACAGCUUUCAAAAUUACUUCAUCCCCGGUAUGUCAGAGACCCCGUAUUCAUAAAUCAUCUGAGUGAGACUGUUUAACUUCAUGAAAAUCUAACAUUUGACAAUGCUUAUUUCAAAACACUGUACUUUUCAUCAAAGUUAUUCAUAUGCAUAUGUUCAUUGGACAAUUUUCUUACUUGUUUUCAUAUUCUUGGGAUGCAGAAAUGUGUUUGUCUGCUUUCAACUACGAUAAUUAGAAAAAAAACUACUAACUUGAAUAUAUUCAUGAAGUUGUUUUAUGAAUACGGCCUCACUGGUGAUUUAAUAACCAAUUUCCAUUCUUGGUUAUUGUCAGACUUCUAGUUAUCGACGAAGCUUAGAGAGGGUUACCAGUAAACCAAGUCCAUAUUCACUGAUGUCUUGAGUCUUAGUUUGAGGCUCCUGCUCAGGAAUGUGAAUUUUUAGGGUUUAGAUUCUAAGCUGUAUGAAUUUAAUUUAUCUAUUCAUUUUCAAGGUUGUACCGGAACUCCGGGACAUGUUUGGUUGUAAGUGGAAACUUAAAAAUCUGAAGAAAAAUCAUUAAGCAGCGACAAGAGUUGUUGUUGUUGUUAUGUGUGUUUUUUUUUACUUUAGUACUAGAUUGAGCUCAGAUUUGACCACAAAUACACAUUCAAAUAACUAGGAUAUUUCAAUUAAACACCUUUAAUUUACACAUCAAAGGUAGUUAUAGCCUUCCGUAGCAGGUAAGAGUGAUUGUAUGUUUAAUGUGUUCAGUGUUAGUAAACAUUAGGUAGUCCAACUUGCCAUUUUAACAAAGUUAUUUCAUGUUUAUUUGGUGCCAAUUUUGACUUACUUCUUAUUUUGGUAAUUAACUGAGUACACAAUAUUAGUAGCAUCUUAUCAACUUUGACAGACAUAAUGGGCUGAUUGUUCAGAGCCUCGUUAAAAUAAAUAACGUUGUUUAAACACCAUUGUUGUUUAAUUUCAUGUUUGAAACUUUGGAAGUUUUACGAUACACUUAUGAUCCACAAAAAAACACCUCAUGCAGUCCAAUCUAGCAAGAUUUGAGACAACUGUUCUACCAGUACUUGUUGAUAACGUUGUUCUGAACAAUCUGGCCAUCGAUAAAUUAAAUAAAAAUUGGGUCUUGAAGUGUUCUUUUUUUACUUCAUUAAUCUUUGUCAAAUUAUGAUAUUUUUUUUAGUUUAGUUUAAGAACUUAUUUUUUACAAAUUUCAGUGUGUUACAAUGAAUGCUUUUAGAAAAUCAUCAAUAAUUCCAAGCAAUCAUUUUAAUUUGUGGUGAGCAUAAGCUUAUUUUGCCAAUAAUCUUUUUGGAGGAAACUAUUUCUUUACAAUCACAUUUAUCAUUAUGGAUAUCCCUGACUUGCGAUUACAUUUCAUCCAAACAUCAUCAUGUAUAAUCAAGACAUCCGUAUGAAGUCCACGUUAUAGUGGACAGAUCUGCUUUUACAGUUAUUUUCUAUUUAGCUCCUACACAGCUCCAUGUAAUCUUCUAAUUAUUGUAAUUGUGACAUUAUAGAACGUGGCCAUGAAUACAAACACUCUUAGAAAAAUAUAAAUCUUGAUUGAUUGAUGAGCGUCUUUAUUGUUUCACAUUUUAUUUGGCAAUUUUUGAAAAACUGUUGGGUACAAAGAAACUUUGAAGUCCAUUUUUAUAUUAUAAUGUAGAUUAGAUUAUUUAUUAUACUUGUUUAUGUAUGGGCAUAAUUACAUGAGAGAUCACUUCCACUUUUGCUAUAGCAUGUUGAUAUUCACUGAAUACUGCAUUGCAAUGUAAGAUAAUUAUUCCUUCAAUGAUAACAUGCGGACCGUAGUCCUCCCCGACGGACAUGAUAUAUUGUGUUGUUUUACCAUAUUUUUAAAAUCUUAUUUACACUUUGACGUUAUGAGAAGAUUACAUGUUCUUGGGAAUGUAACAUUUGACUCUGUAUGUAUGAACUACAACUGCAAAAAUGGAUCUUAUUGUUAAUGUUUAAAUAAUGGGAUGAUUAUCGAUGAUCUAAUACACUGUACUUCCAGAUAAGGGCUGAAAUAAACGAUGUUUGAAAUAGUUCUGCAUUUUGUGACCAACGUUCUUGUACUGUAAACUUGUUAGUCAAUGAUUUUAAUAUGACAUUUUAUUCCUGUUUUAAUAAAUGUAAAACAAUU